UCAAGGGAAGUGGCUUCAAAUUCCAUCCAAUGUGUGGUAAAUUGAGAAUUGUGAAUCUUUGCUUUGCUGAUGACUUAAUUGUAGUGAGUAAGGCAGACCAGAACUCAAUUACCUGCAUCAUGAAGGUGUUAGAAGAAUUUAGACGAGCUACAGGAUUGAGUAUCAACAAAAUAAAUCUCAAAUAGUUUUUGGAGGGGUGCAGCAAAAACAGAGAGAGUUGUCUGCCUUGGCAGGCAUAAAGGUUGGCAGCUUCCCCCUCACCUACCUGGGUAGUCCUAUUACUACAGCAAGGUUAAAACAAGGUGACUGUGAGGUGCUGAUAAAUAAAUUGACCAGUAAGAUAACUGCAUGGGGCACUAAACAUUUAUCUUACAUAGCCAGAGUGAGAGUCAUUAACUCUGUAUUGAUAGGGAUUGCCUCAUUCUGGUCAAGAAUUUUCAUUUUACCCAAGCAAGUUAUGAAGAGAGUGAUGGCCAUUUGUAGGAACUACUUGUGGGGGAGCUCUGACAAAUAUAAGAAAGUACCACUUGUGAAUUGGGAUGAGGUUUGUCAAGCAAAGAAACAUGGAGGGCUUGGGAUUAAAAAUCUGGUUAAGUGGAAUAAAGCUUCUAUCAUGAAACUCAAUUGGGAUAUUGCCAACAAAAAAGAUAUCCUAUGGGUUAAGUGGAUUCAUAAUAGAUACAUCAAAAAUGCAGAUUUUUAGGGAUACAUUCCAAAAGUAGACUCAUGCCACUAUUGGAGAGAAAUGAUUAAAGUGAGAGAGCAGUUCAGAGAAAUGCCUAAGGGGAAACAAUACAACGUCAGGGAUGGUUACCAAUGGCUGCAGGGGGAGAGACAUACUCCCAGUUGGAAGAAAAUUGUCUGGAACAAACUAACUCCACCAAAGUUCAAAUUCAUAGCUUGGCUCCUAAUGAAAGGAAGAAUACAGACUAAAGCCAGAAUUUCAAAGUACACAACAGUGGAUCUGAGAUGUGUUUUGUGUGGACAAGGAGAUGAGGAUGAUUCUCACCUUUUCUGGGAAUGUUCUAGCGCGCAACAGAUUCUAAGGAAAAGUGGCAGAAAGCUCAACAGGGACAUUUCAGUGAGUAACUACCCUGAGUUAGAGGAAUUCAUUAAGAAGCUUUCAACCAUGAAAGACAGAAUGCAAGCUAUAGCACAGCUAGUGUUUAUGGUAUUUGGAGGAUGAGAAACAAAAUCAUGCACCAAAAGAAGUGUACGAUUGAGGAUACAAUUGAUUAUAUCUAUUUCUACCUUACGAGCUAUUUUACAUAUAGGAAGAUGAUGUAAAUUGGAGGUCAAAGAUGUUUGUAUGAUCUUGAUGUGGUAUUAAAAUGUGUGUUUUAUG